AUGGAAUCAUUCGGGUUCGACCGGUAUGACGCCACCGCGCUGAAGCCGCGGCUGGACGCGUUGCGUCCAAGGAUCAUGGAACUCGAAGCGGACAUUCUCUGCCUUCAGGAAGUAAACGCACAAAAGAUCAAGGGUUCCUCCCAUCGCCAGUUUCCGGCGCUUGAACGCCUGCUGGCGGGAACUCCCUAUGAGACCUAUCAUCGAGUUGCCAGCGAACGCGCUCCCGGCAAGGGCCCCGGCGACAAGCACAAUCUUGUCUUGUUGUCGCGAUAUCUGAUAUCGGAGCAUGAGAGCCUGUUUCAACAGCACGCAAACGCGCCGCUCUGGCAACCGACAACAGCCGAUCCGGCAUACGAAACUCCCGAAGCCAUCACAUUCGAACGUCCCAUCCUGAAAUCUGUCGUCGAUUUCGGUUCGGCAAAACCCCUGCACCUCUUCGUGGUUCAUCUGCGCGCGCCGAUCGCGGCGAUGAUCCGCGGCGGCAAGAACCGGGACCGUUCCUGGAAAAGUGCUUCAGCCUGGGCGGAAGGCUAUCAGCUGUCGGUCCUGAAACAGACCGCUCAGGCCCUCGAGCUUCGCCUUUCGAUCGAGAAACUGUUUGAUGAAGACGAAGAGGCCCGGGUUGUCUUGACGGGCGAUUUCAAUGCGACAGGCGACACAGGCACGUUGCGGUUGCUGCGCGCCGACCCGGACGACACGGCGUCACCUGAAUUCGAAAACCGCCGACUGUUUCAACUCGACGCAUCGUUGCCGCUCGACCGGCGUCAAACCGUCAUCCACAAGGGCAGGGGUCAGGCGCUCGACCAUAUACUUGCAAGCCGGGCAAUGACGGACAGAACCACUGACGGUCGGGUCUUCAACUGCGGACUGCCUGACGAGGUCCUUGAUGCGGGUGAUGACGGAUACGCUGGAUCCUAUCACGCGGCGAUGCGUGCGGAAUUCGAACUAUAG